AUGCGAGGUUUGGAUUUAGUGAUUUACACGUCAUCUCAUCCCUUCUCCCACUCAACAUAUGCCGUACCUUUUGAAGCUUAUUUAUCCUUAAAAACCCUCAUAAAUCAUGAGCAAUCUUCCUCAGAACCACCAUUAAUGGCGCCUCCACCUCCUCCACCUCAUAACCCGUCUCCCUCUGCCUCCGAUUACUCCAACUCCGCCGCCUCCGCCUCCGCGUAUCGCCCGCCGAUUCCCCUCUCUUCCAUCACCACCGCUGCCGCGGCCGCCUCCUCUUCCUCCUCCUCCGGCGUCAUGAACUACCUCUGGAUCCCACUUCUCCUCGCUCUCUCCAAGGAGCUCGCAGGCUCCGCCACCGCUGGCUCCACUGCCUCGCUCCUCUCCUUGCCGAGCCAGGCCGGCGGUUUCCCGGCGGUUUCACGGUGCCCCACUGAGGAUCCUAACCUCAACUUCCGUCCAGUGAUUGGAAUCCUCAGCCACCCUGGGGACGGCGCCUCCGGCAGGCUCAGCAACGAUUCUGAUGCCUCCUACAUCGCUGCCUCUUAUGUUAAGUUUGUGGAGUCAGCUGGCGCGAGGGUUAUUCCCCUUAUCUACAACGAGCCUUUGGAGGUUCUUAAUGAUAAACUCAAAUUGGUCAAUGGAGUAAUCUUAACAGGAGGGAGGGCCAAAACAGGUCUCUACUUUAAGGUGGUUGGGUCGAUAUUUAAGAAUGUUCUGAAAAAGAAUGAUGGUGGAGAUCAUUUUCCUUUGCUUGCGAUAUGCUUAGGUUUUGAACUGUUAACGAUGAUCGUCAGCGAGGACCAAAACAUUCUGGAGAAUUUCAAUGCAGUUAAUCAAGCUUCGACAUUGCAAUUCAUAGAAGGCAUAAAUCUAAAGAGAACUGUGUUUCAAAGGUUUCCUCCGCCUUUGCUAGAGAAGCUAAGGACAGAAUGCCUCGUGAUGCAAAAUCACCGUCUUGGCAUUUCACCUGUUAAGUUCCAAGGAACCAAGAACCUCAGCAGUUUCUUUGAGAUCCUAACAACUAGUACUGAUCAAGAUGGCAAGGUCUAUGUUUCAACAGUUCAGGCACACAAAUAUCCAGUGACUGCUGUUCAGUGGCAUCCAGAGAAAAAUGCUUUUGAGUGGGGCUUAUCACGUAUCCCACACUCAGAAGAUGCCGUUGAAGUCACUCAGCUUGUUGCUAACUUUAUUGUGAGAGAAGCUCGGAAGUCUAUGAACAGGCCAUCUCCCCUGGAAGUACUAGACAACGUCAUAUAUAAUUACAGCCCCACAUAUUGUGGAAAGGCCGGUAGGGGCUUUGAUGAGGUUUACAUAUUCAGCAGCAUCCCCAAGCUUUCUGGUAAAAUGCUCAAAAUCUUUCAUUUCACAAUUCUAUUCCUCAAUCUCCUGCCCUUUUCCUCCCAUAUUGUCUACUCAAAGUCUUCAGGUUUCACCCUAAAACUCAUCCCAUGGGACUUCCCCCAGUCACCCUUCUACCAACCAAAUCUCACUCAAACACAAAAGGUACAAAUAAUGGCUAUGUCCUCCAAAGCACGGUCCAAAAUCUACCCAGUCGAAAAAAACGGGACUUCCAACACAAAGAUACAAAUCCCAAUGAUAAAGGACAAAGAUCUUCGAUACUCCGUAAACAUCAAAAUCGGAAACCCAGGCAACGAAGCCACUCUUCUUCUCGACACAGGCAGCGGUGCCAUUUGGACAGAUUGCCAGCAAUCUAAUCCUCACUACAACUCGAAAAGAUCCAAGACUUACAAAAAACUGCCAUGUCAGCAUCCCAUGUGCAAAAUGGCAAAAAAUUUCUGCCAAUGCAUAAAGGGGAAGUGUGUUUGCACACUAAGAUACGGCAUAGAAGGCGGGAUAAAAACCGAGGUCCAUGCAAUCCUCUUGUCCGACACAUUCACUCUGCCACUAAAGAAUAAAAGCUCACGGACUUUUAAAGAAAUGAUUUUCGGGUGCACGAACAGGUCCCCUGUAUUCUCCGGGAUUCUUGGCUUGAACAAAUUGCCAGUUUCUUUAAUAAGUCAGAUUAGGAAAAGCGUUCGGGGACAAUAUUCAUACUGCCUGCACCAAGGGCAUGGCUAUUUGAGGUUUGGUGAUGACAUCCCGAAAAUCGGGAAAGAUGUGAAAACAACACCAAUAUUACAUCCUUCGGCCGAGACAAUGUGUCUAGAUUUGAAAGAUAUAAGUGUAGCUGGGAAAAAGCUGGGAAUAUCUCCAGCUAUAUUCUCAUAUUCACAGGGGGGAUUUUUUAUUGACACUGGGACUCAAAUCACAGUCCUCAAGAGACAAGCUUAUGAUAAGGUGAUGAAAGCAUUUGCAAAUUUUUACGACGUUCGGCUUAAACGGGCCAGUAAGAAGAUUCAGCACCUGGACCUUUGCUAUAAGCAAAAUUCCACCAUGAGUAGUAAUUAUGCUAACAUGACCUUUCAUCUACAAGGGGCGGAUUAUGUGCCCAGUCAUAUGUAUGUAGCGCCUGAGAUAGGUAUUAUGUGCAUUGGUAUAAUGCCAGGAGAAUUAUCUAUACUGGGAGCAUUGCAGCAGUUCAAUAAAAGGUCACCAGUUUCUCUUUUAAGCCAAAUAAGGGAAGAGUCUGAAGGGAGAUACUCGUACUGCCUGCAUAGUGGAGAUAGUUACUUGACAUUAGGAGAAGACAUUUCCAGUCAAGUGACCGCGAAAGAAGCAUACAAUAAGGUGAGCCAAGCGUUUGAAAGACACUUGAAAGGAAAACUGAAGAAGAUGGCAGUCGCGCAAGGAAAUCUCAAACCUUGCUACAGAGUGACAGCUGGCUUUAAUAACUUCCCGACCAUGACUUUUCAUUUUCAAGGGGCUGAUUUCGAAGCGAAAAUCACGCACAUUGUGGAUGAUGCAACU